AUGACCACCCCCACUCCCAUUCCCACUCUCUCGACCGACUCCAACUCGGUCCCUGCCCUCAAGGCCGACUCGACGGGAUCCGGUCCAGACACCUCGGUGGACAUGCCCCAGGACGGUCACGAGUCCUUCUCUGGCCUCGACCGCCCAUGCUUUGGCUUCUCGUCCGGCUGCACCGGCUGCACCAGCUGCUCCAGCUUCUACGUCACCAACCACGAGACUGGCGACUCGAUCUACAUCCAGGGCAUUGGCGAGGCGCACGACGACGACGUUGAGAUGGAGGAGAUGCUCUCCGCCAUGAUUGACCGCCUUGGUCCCGAAGGUGCCGCCGACCCAUCCCUCCUUGAGGCUGCUAUGGAGCUCGCGCACAAGCAGCUCGAACGUCGUGUGUCGGCCCAGAAGGCGGCUGCGUCGAUCACGAAGACGGCCAAGAAGGCGGCGGAGACCGAAAACAAGGGCAACGUCGCGGUCACGGCCACGGCCACUGAUGCUGCGGGAGACGCUGCCAAGGCCAUCGAGGAGUCCAAGUAA